AUGGAAAAUUUGGCUAGUCGUAUUGUUGAUUUCUGUUACGACCCGCAAAAUAACCUAACGUUCGAUGUGUGGUAUGCACGGCACGAAGAUGUGUUCAUCGUUGAUGGCAAAGACUUGGAUGAUCCAGCACGGGUUCGAUUGUUAAUGAGGAAGCUCAACCCUGUAGCAUACGGGAAGUACGCAACGUAUGUGUUACCAAAAAACCCAAGAGACCUAUCAUUCACUGAAACAGUGAAAACUCUGAAGGAGAUGUUCGGAUCGAAGGAGUCAAUUUUCAGCCUCAGAUACAAAUGUUUUCAAUUGACAAAAGAAGAUCAAGAAGAUGUUGUAACAUAUGCGGCACGAGUAAAUGCAUGCUGUGAAAAUUCUAAGCUUGCAGACAUGACAGCUGACCAUCUUAAGAGCUUAAUUUUUGUAACUGGGUUAAAAGGCAAGCAUGAUGCUGAGAUCCGUACAAAACUGUUAGCUGGUCUAGAAGACGAUUCAGAUCAGAAAUUGAGUAAGCUAGUCAGCACGGCAGGCCGUUUGUUAAAUCUGAAAAAAGACACGGUGAUGGUCGAACAGCCAAAUAAAGACGUAAAUGCUAUUAAGACUCAGACUACCAGAAAUAAGAAGCUUGUAUCGGGUGUAAAAUUGAAGCAGAAUAAAGUUCCAAAAUCUCCAUGCUGGAAUCGCGGAGCAAUGCACUACGCAGAAAAUUGCGAAUUCAAAAAUCACAAAUGUUCGCAGUGUAGUCGCACAGGUCAUAAAGAGGGUUAUUGCAACGCGCAGAGAAAAAAACCGCAGAAAGGAGGAACCCAGAGCGGUAAAACACAAACCCAACAGCGACCGAAAAGCAACGCAGUAAAUUGCGUAAAUUUCGCCGCACGUCGAAAAUAUGUCGAGGUGGUUAUCAAACCUAUAACGUCAGCUGCAGCUGGCAGGAAAGGAAAAAGCUUCAAGCUACAGGUUGAUACCGCUUCCGAUGUGACGAUAAUUGUCAAAGAGAAUUGGCGUAAAUUGGGCAGUCCAGGAGUCAAGUUAAUUAACAGUCACGCCACGAGUGCAUCGAGGAAUAAAAUUCGCUUCAUAGCUGAAUUCCCUUGUGAACUUCAGCUUAACGGGGAAGUAAAACUAAUAAAGAUUCUUGAAGCAGAGUUUGAUUCUUUGAAUGUUCUAGGUACAGAUGCCUUUGACACUUUUGGUGUAUGGGACAAGCCGCUGAGUAGUGUAUGUUGUAAAAUCAAGCAAUCAAUACCGGCCAUUGAAUCUGCAGCUAUAACGGACAUUAAGCGAAGAUAUGCAGAUGUUUUUAGCGCUGUUCCGGCCAAAUGCAGCAAGGCAGUUCAGCUACAUUUGAAACCAAAUGUACAACCGAUUUUUCGGGCGAAACGACCAGUGGCGUACGCUGUACAAUCUCUAAUAGAAGCAGAAUUGAAUAGACUCGAGAACCUUGGAAUCAUAACACCAAUAGAAUUUUCCGACUGGGCAGCGCCGAUUGUAGCUGUUAGAAAAGCAACAGGCGGAGUACGAAUCUGUGAUUUGGCAGAUGCAUAUUUACAGACGGCAGUCACAUCGGAGGCAGCGAAGUUGCUAACUAUAAAUACGUAUAAGGGUUUAUUCGCAUUCAACCGACUUGCACCAGGGGUCAAAAGCGCACCAGGUGCGUUCCAACAAAAAAUGGAUACUAUGUUAGCGAACAUAGAUGCUACUGCAGCGUAUAUAGAUGAUAUAAUCGUUGGGGGCUCUACAUGGGAAAACCAUCUACAAAAUUUAUUCAAGGUCUUGCAAAGACUAAGAGAGUACAACUUUCACGUAAAGUUGGAAAAAUGUAAAUUUUACGCGGCGGAGGUUAAAUAUUUGGGCAAUAUUGUUUCACAGUGUGGACUACGUCCAGAUCCAGAUAAAAUCAGCGCAAUACUGAAGAUGCCACCGCCUACAAACAUUUCAGAACUACGAGCAUUUUUGGGUAGCGUAAAUUAUUACGGGAAAUUCGAUCGCAGCAUGAGCAGUGUGAGGGCACCUCUGGACGCACUACUUCAUGAUAAUAUGAACUUUGUAUGGACAUCGCAAUGUCAACAAGCUUUCGAGAAGUUCAAAAGCAUUUUGCAGUCCGACUUACUGCUCACGCAUUAUAAUCCGGAUCUUCCCAUAAAAGUGGCAGCAGAUGCGUCGGGCAAAGGCAUUGGAGCUUUCAUUUGUCACAUCAAGCCAGAUAGUACCGAAAGAGUUAUUGCGCACGCAGCAUGUACAUUAAGUUCAACCGAGCAGAAAUAUUCUCAGAUUGAGGAGGCGCUGUUUCAUAGAUAUAUUUUCGGACGAAGAUUUAUAUUGUGGACAGAUCACAAGCCAUUACUAUCCAUCUUUGGUAGUAAAAAGGGUAUUCCCGCACAUACUGCAAAUAGACUACAGAGGUGGGCACUUAUCCUCAUGCGGUAUGAUUAUGAACUACAGUACGUUAAUACGAAAAAUUUUGGGUGCGUGGAUACUCUAUCCAGGCUGAUGGAUAAAAAUGAGCAUGAAGAUAUGGUCAUAGCAUGCACGCAACUGGAACAAGAGAUAUUGGCCGAAGUCAACGACCAAAUCAGGAAACUUCCAGUCACGUUUAGUAUGGUACUAAAAGCUACAAGCAAAUGUAAGCAACUAGAAGCAGUUUUGAAAGCAUUGAAGUCUGGAUGGCCAGCGAAUGUGCCGUACGAUCUACUUCCUUAUCAUAGACGCAAAGAUUCUUUGAGUGCAGGAUCACCGUCAACGGAUGUUACAAAGUUCUUGUGGGACAGUUUCGAUCUCUACCAAGUACCACAGCACAGUCAACAAGCGGUAGAUAAUGGCGACACACGGCAACUUCCAGAAUCGUCAGAAACGCAUGACCGACUUGAGGUUCCAGUACAGUUACAGGACGAUCGCGAGCGGGUCGCAGUAGAGGAUCCAGCUGUUCCAGAUAUAUCUCCUACCCGAAAUGCGCUAGAGAUGCAAACUGCAGGCGAAGCGAGACCGGGCCGAAUAAAGAAGCCGACAUGGAUGAGUGACUAUGACGUUUCUUAA